AUGUCGCAACUUCCGCGGCGAGGCAGUGAUGAAAGCUCGGUGAAAGCUCAGCCCUUUCCAGCAAACGGCCUCAUUCCGAGGGAUUAUCUAGCUCGAUCAGACCGCCCCAUGCCGUCUCCUGGCCGCCACAUUACCCCGUCCCCAUUGCAUACAAGCUCCCUGCCUCAGUCGCACCUGGUAGACGGCUCAGUAUCAUCCCAGAGCCCUUUAUCCCCGAGAUCCAGCGCCCAUCCCUCUCCGUCGAAGCCCCGGUCGCCAAUCGCACGUGUGGCCAAUGCAGCAUUCCCCGCGCCACCCUCCGGCACUGGUCAUAGCUUGUCGCAAUCGCCAGAAAUGGUAGACACCGAAUCUACCAGUAGCAAACCGUCAGGCGAAAUUACAUCCAAAUCCCGCGCGUCGGAGCCCGACAGAUCCGCAUCAUCUUCGGUGAGCUCAAUACACUCCAUGUCGGGAGACCGCCCAAUACAUCGCGCCAUGCCGCGUACCUCCUCGAUUGACUCCGCGAUCUCCUCCCUGUCUUCGGUCUCCCAAAGGUCAACAUUCGAUGCCAACUCGUUGAGUCCAGCCGAUAUCAGUAAUCUCAUCAACGCGGCUGGGUCGGCAGAGGCGGUGAUCGUACACCUAUUGAAAGAGAAACACCAGGCAGCCUCCCAGAACUCGCAAUUAUGGAAACUCGUGGACAAGCAAAGGACGUUAAUCCUCGGCCUGAACAAAGAUCUCGAGCGCUCUAUGCAGGAGAAGGAUAAAUAUAGGAAAAAACUCAAGGACUUGCAAGAUGCUCCUCCGCCGGCAGCUGCUGGAGCUGUCGAAGGAAUUGGCAGUGAUAAGGGAGAAAGGACGCAGGCGCCCGAUCGACCAUCUAUAAUACCCCCCUCAGACGCCUCGCGAGGGCUAGACAACGCUGCCAGUCCCGUCUCUGCCUCUGAUGUCGCGUCGCCCACCAGUAUCGCGUCCCCCACUGGAGAAGGCAAGAGCAAGUUCUCAAACCCAAGCCGCAAGGCACCACCUGCGCCUUUGAAGCUGCGUCAAGCCGAAACCAAGCAAGCAGCGCAUCCAGGGUCCGACUCUGGUUCGGAUUAUGGCGAUGAAGCAGGUGGGCCCCCGAGCGUAGAUCGAGGAAGGCGAAAGACGAGAGAGCAGGACGACCAAGACCGAGAGAUUGCCCUGCAGAAGGGGGUGCUCGAAUCUCUACCAGCCAAUGCGGCGACUUCUCAGAGCCCGCAGGACCAAGCAAUCUCUGCCAGUCCAGAAAUGCUUCCGCGUGAGCUGUCUUCGAGAUCGCCGCCGAACGUCGGCGGCUCCAACUCCCUAGGUUCCAUGUUGAACUCUCGGCCUCCUCCUCCAUCGUUCGCUGGGCGCUCUAUCGCCGCUAUGCCUUUGAGUCCGGGUCUCCCCAUGAGUCCGCGACCAGAAGACCGGCCCAUUAACUCUCCAUUGCCGCGCAUGCCGCGAGAGGUGGGCGGUGUCCCAGCAGUCGGCUACCAGGCUCCUGGCUUGCCUCUCUCUCCCAGAAUGGCAAACAACCCCAUGGGAUUCGCCCCUCCCCCUUCGAAUGGAAGGGCCAAUGGCCCAAUCCCAUCAAUUGACCCGAACGUCAUGAUAGAUAGCCCCAGGUCCGCACACUUCGCCGACAACGGAAUAUACCAGGGGCUAGUGUCGGAGGAGUACCCGGGUCUGCUUCUGUCUCCCAAUGCUCUUCCUUUGAUUCAGGUCAAAGUAUCUUCCUCACGACUCCGACCCUCUCGGAAUAGUUAUAUGAUGUCCAAGUCGCAAGAAGAGGAGCCGGUCUUUACUCUCAGCGUGAUCUCUCGAUCCGAGAUGUCGGAGCUAUGGCGAGUCGAAAAGGUGAUUGGGUCUCUACCUCAACUCGAUCACAAGAUGAGACAAACCUCAUCUUUCGCUGGAAGACUACCGGACAGGAAUAUCUUCAACGGCCAUUCGCCGGCCAAGAUUGAUCUGAGGCGGGCUGCGCUGAAUGCAUACUUUGACAGUAUUCUGGACACCCCCAUGGACGAAAACGCCGCUCUCGCCAUUUGUCAAUUCCUGACAAAUGAUGCCAUUGAGCCUCGGGAUGAUGAGACCAAUUUGCUCAAGGGCCUCGCUCAGGCAAAACCUGAUCUCGCCCGCGGGCCUGAUGGGAAACCUCAGAAACAGGGAUACUUGACCAAGCGAGGGAAAAGCUUUGGUGGAUGGAAGGAAAGAUACUUCGUCCUAGAUGGUCCUGAACUGAAGUACUUCGAAUCUCCUGGCGGCCAGCACAUGGGUACCAUCAAGCUUCAUCAUGCUCAGAUUGGGAAACAAUCUACCAAAGCAGCCGACAGUUCUGCUUCGCCUCCAGGAGGCGAAGAUGACACUGAUAAUCAGUAUCGCCAUGCGUUUUUGAUUUUGGAACCCAAGAAGAAGGACUCGUCUGCACUUGUCCGUCAUGUCCUUUGCUCUGAAAGCGAUGAUGAGCGUGAUACCUGGGUCGAUGCCCUGAUGGAAUACGUUGAGAGUGUUUCUUCCGAAAAUGAAGGACAAGGGAGUGUAUCCUCGAAGGGUCAAUCUCAACCCCAAGAACCACAGCCAAAACAGAACUCAACCGAGACCAAGUCAAAAUUGUUCAGCGGAGGUAAGAAGUCUGGUCGGGGCGUCGAUAGUCCUGACCAGGACUCAGGAAACUCCGUCCAAGGCUUUGGCUUUAGCUUUGACGACGCAGUGCCAGCCGAACCUCCGAUGAUGGGAUCGACUCUUGAGCAGGCGCCCCGAUCCCCAAAGCUACCGGGAUCUCUGUCAACCGAGUUCAGAGAGCUGAACAUGUCAUCUCCUGAGCAUCCAAUGCAGUCACCCAGACUGAUUUCCGGGCCCACCAACGGUGCAGUCAUCCAGGACGUGGAGGCUUGGGGCAAUAAGGCCAAGACGUCGACCAAAGAGAAAAAGCGUAGCAUCUGGGGAUUCCGCACCCGAUCUUCCUUUGAUCUGGCCGCCCAGGCUCAGGCUAGCAGCGAGACGUUAACCUCUGCAGCGGUCGAACGAACCGGGCCCGUCAGGCCCGUCUUUGGCAUACCCCUGGCAGAUGCUGUUCAGGACUGUGCGCCGCCUGGUAUUGACGUGGAGCUCCCGGCGGUGGUUUACCGCUGUAUUGAAUAUCUUCAUGCCAAAGAAGCAGCUCUGGAGGAAGGCAUUUUCCGUCUGAGCGGCUCGAACGUGGUGAUCAAGGCGCUCAAGGAACGAUUCAACACCGAGGGUGAUGUGGACUUUGUGUCUGGGGAUCAGUACUACGACAUCCAUGCCGUCGCCUCUCUUUUCAAACAAUACCUUCGAGAACUUCCCACGACCGUGUUGACCCGGGAACUCCAUUUGGACUUCCUUCGCGUCCUCGAGCUCGACGAUCGUCAGAAGAAGGUUCUUGCUUUCAACGCUCUCGUGCAUAAACUGCCUAGCCCCAACUUGUCUCUGUUGCGAGCUCUUUCGCAGUUCUUGAUUGAGAUCGUGGAAAACUCGGAAGUGAACAAGAUGACUGUCCGAAAUGUGGGCAUCGUAUUUGCGCCGACCCUCAAUAUUCCCGCGCCGGUCUUCUCCAUGUUCCUCACGGACUAUGACAGCAUCUUUGGGGAUACCGACAAAGGUUCCUCUACCACGAAAGAACUGACCGUGGACCAUUCUCUGUCCCCCGAUGACAUUCGGUCCCCGCGCCACCAGAUGUUCUCUGAUAUUCCUACGCCUUCGUAUCAUCAGACUUCCUUCCGGGGACCGACUCAGGGGAACGCUCCGUCCGACGGCCCCAGUACGCCCUACAACACUGGUUUCAUCCCGAUGCAGCCCAGUUAUGACCAACCGACGUCUCGGCAUGAACAAUACAACCAACCUGCCGGGUCCUCUGUUCCAUAUUCCUCUCUGAAUGGCAUGCUGUUGCCCAACAAUUCCGAGGACACUCGUUCGGCGAAAACGAAGCGACGAGAAAGCUCAAUGCUCUUUAUGGAUGAUCCUUCCUUCUACCAGGGCAAGUGA